AGAAAUAUUACCAUUUCGUCGAUGGAUAAUUGUACACUACGUCAUGAGAAAUGAAGAAGAAGAAUAAGAAUAGAUCCUCACCGUUGUAAAUAAUAAUAAACCAAUGAUAUGGCAAAUAGUCACGAACAUUUGACGAAAAACCUAGAGGUUUUAGUUAAUAAUGCCAAAAUCGGGUUUUUGCAAAGCAAUGCGAAUGAUAUGCAGAGUGUACCGUCGAACCCCUACGAGGCCUUGAUGGGUUUUGAAAAGUACCAUUUCGCAAUUCACGUACCGUACUGCGGACGAAAACUAAACUGGGAAAUAAUUUUCGAUCCUGAAAAUUUGUCCGAACUGCCAGAUUUUAAUUUUAAUGAUCCCUCGUUCCUGGCAGAGCCCGACAUAAACUAUAUCGCCCAACACAUACCCAGUUGGGAUCACUGGAACCUGGCCAAUUCCCACGCCAUUUUGAACAUACUGAAUGAAUUUUUGGCGCUUUUUAAGAAACUUCAAAUAGAAAAACUGUGUAAACAAAACAUGUACGCAAAUUUCCGGAUGGAAUACGAAAAUUUACUGAAAAUCAAUGGAAUGCGUGAGGAAUAUGUAGAAGUUUAUAUAGAGAAUAAAGGUGGCUCUGAAUUUGAUAAUGAUUGCAGUUUUAUAAAUCUCCAGAUCUAUUUGCCAAUAGAUUUCAGCGAACUACCUGAAUAUUAUCAAGAAGAAUUUGAGGAAGACGAAUUGCUAAAUCCUGGUGAAGAUUUUGCCCGUUUGCAUUUUGAAAUAAGAAAACCCGAUAAUGCACAAACCAAACUCAUCUUCCAGCUAUCGCCAAGGGUCGAACAGGUGUUGGGUAAAUCGAAGCUAGUGAAACAGAAAAAAGACCUCACCAUCACUCAACAGGUUAAAUGGCUUCAGAAUACUAUUAAAGAGCACAUUCAAAUUAUCGCGGAACAAUACCACAAGAAAAAUUUGUUUGCGUCCACAGUGGUCAACACUUUUUCAAGUAGUAUUGUGGAAUACAAUAAUCGACUCUUUAAUAAAAUCGUUUUCAUCUACGAGGAUUAUGAAGAAUAUGACUGUUUGGUGACUAUAAGUCUGGGCCUCAAAUUUCCCCAGGACAAGCCCAAAAUUCUAUUGUCUUCGCUUUAUUGUCAGGUGGGCAAGACUUGCAAUCACCCAUUAGUUUUCGACUAUAAUUCUGGGGACAGCGUGGAAGCUAUGCUCCAAAAUAUUCAGGAAGCCUUAAAAGAACAAGUGAAAAUAUUUCUAAAUCACAAGCAUUGUUAAUUUUUAGUUGUUAAGAGGCCGAUGCUAAUAAAAAGUAUAAAAAUGUCGGUUGUUUU